AUGCUGCUGUACUACCUCGCCGCCAUCUUCAAGGGCAUGCACCCGCGGGUCGACGAUGACUUUGUGGACAAACUCAACUACCACUACACAUCCGCCAUCAUUUUCGCGUUUGCCGUGAUCGUGUCGGCGAAACAGUACGUCGGGUACCCGAUUCAGUGCUGGGUACCGGCCCAGUUCACGGACGCGUGGGAGCAAUACACGGAAAACUAUUGUUGGGUCGAAUCUACAUAUUACUUGCCAUUAACCAGUGCUUUUCCGUUGGAGUACGGUAAUCAACGGUAAGUGGGAAUCUUUUUGAAAUUUUAAAACGGCGCCAAAAUUAUAAAAUUUUAGCAAUGUGUUUUAAGUAUUCAAAAAACGUUUUAAAAGUCAAAAUUAAUGUUAAAAAUGCUUUUUAUAGUUUUUUAGGGCAACUAUGACUGUUUAAACACAAAAAUAUGGAAAAUCAAGUUUUCGUGGUGGGACCCAAAGUUUAUUGAAAGUUGAUAUUGUUAUGAAUUUUAAGAAUAAUUUCGUUUAAAUUUUUUUACACAAUCUUUUAUUUGUUUAUACAACCCAGAUUUGACUCAAAAUUAGUCAUAAUCAGGUUUUCGUGGUGGGACUCAAAAAUUUUUAAAGAAUAUUUUUGAUUAAUUUUUAUUGAAUCGAUGACAAAAAAUCAAAAUUAAAACCAAAAAACGUUUAUUAUUGUAUGUUUUAUCUUUGUAAGGUUCAGAGCGAGACAAGUCAGUUACUAUCAAUGGGUACCCUUCGUACUGGCUUUAGAAGCCCUCAUGUUCUACGUGCCUUGUGUUCUAUGGAGGGGGAUGUUGCAUUGGCAUUCAGGUAAAUUUAAAAAAUUUUUCUUAAGUUUUUUUGUACUACUUAUCAUCAUUUUAUUUCGAAUUUGAGUUUUAGUACUAUUUUGUACUAUAUAGUACCAAAAAAAUUUAGUACUAUAUAGUAACGAUAACUUUAUUAAAUUUUACUUUAUCUUAUUUUAAUUAACUUUAUUUGAUUUUAGUCUAAAUUUCAAAAACUCGCUAACGUACUAUAUAGUAUCAAAAUUUUUUCGUGCUAUUUAGUACCAAAAAAAAUUUUUUAAAUUUUUUAUACUUGACGUGUCAAUUUGAAAUAUUUGUUUGUAUUUUAGGUAUAAACGUGCAGAGCUUAGCCCAAAUGGCAUGCGACGCUCGGAUGAUGGACCGGGACGCUCGUACUGCCACUGUACAAACGAUAGCAUCACACAUGCAGGAUGCGUUGGAGAUUCAAAAAGACGUAAGUCAUGUCAGUUACUUUUGAAACAUUUUUGGUGCACACGUUUCAACGAUACUCACUGGUGAUGGUAUAGGUGAUGGUAUAUGAAGGAAAACUACAACAGUGUAAAAAAAUUUGAAAAACACUCCUUUUUGUCAGAAUUCCACUAAAACCACCCCUAUCUUAACCUUGUUUUAGGCCUCAGACGUGUCCUCGUUUUUCUGUGGCGGAAAACGCUGGGCAUCCUAUGUGACGUGCCUUUACGUAUUUAUUAAAAUCAUGUAUUUGGCCAAUGUUGUGUUACAAAUUUUCAUGUUGAACUGGUUCUUGGGCACGGACAACGUGCUGUACGGCUUCUACAUUCUCAAAGACUUGCUCAGCGGCCGAGAAUGGGGAGUUAGUGGCAACUUCCCGAGGGUCACUAUGUGCGAUUUUGAGGUAAAUUGUUUAAUUAUUAUUAGGAUAUUCAAUUAUUUCUGUGCCCCUUGCUUCUCAGUGUGAAUUAUCUACCUUAUUUUACCCUACCCUACCCUACCCUACCCUACCCUACUCUACCCUACUCUACUUCAACUAACCCUACAUUAUCCUAAGUUAUCUUAUCAUACUCUUAUUCUCACCCACGCCCAGCUCUUGCUUUAUAUGCGUUGCUCUUGCACUUUUGCCUGGUUUUUGCUAUUUUUUCGUACCAAUCAUGCUCUAUCUUACAUUGCUUUACUAUAUAUUACUCUACCCUACUUUACCCUAACUUACCUUACUUUUUCUUACUGUAGCUUGCGCUGUCCUGUUGUCAACCUGACUAUACUUUAGGUUUACUGUAGCUUUCUUUGACCAGCUCUUUUAUUAAUUUUAUUUUUUAGGUCCGAGUACUAGGAAACGUGCACCAUCAUACAGUACAAUGCGUGCUUAUGAUUAACAUGUUCAACGAGAAAAUAUUUUUGUUUUUAUGGUUUUGGUUCUUCAUGGUCGCUGUGAUAUCAGUGUUUUCAUUGGUGCACUGGAUGUUAAUAUCGUUCUUCCCGGGGCAGGUAAGGCGUGUUUUUGAAAUUUUUAUGGUUUUUUAGAGGGGGGAGGAAUGUGCAGUCUUUUUACAUAAGACAAGACAAAAAUUCCAAAAAAGUAACAAAUGAUAUUUUAAUUCGCAAUUGUUGACAAAACAUGUAAAAACGAAAGGAACUUCUACAACAUAGAAGAAACAUAGAUUACCUUAACAUCUCCAAUCACUUGAUAACCGUAGAACGGCGCUCCAGGGUCUAAACACACUGGCAAGAGAAAAGUGUUCGAGUUCAAUGUCAGGAAAGCAAAGUACAAUGAGUAGUACUUAAACCUGACAACAUUGUUUUCAUUCUUCUGUAGGUAAUCUAUCUUGUCGUCAAAUAUUUCGUAGACCUUACGGCCGGUUUGUUCAUCUCCCCAUAGAACCAGGGCAUGACUCAUAUUGAAGGUUAAACCUAGAACACUGGUAACUUCUUGGUUUUGCAAUACUACGCUGAAAACAUCGCCUGUGGGCACUAGGACAAACGUGAUUUCUUUACCUAAAAGUAUUGUUUAGAAUAGGGCAGGGUAAGGAAAGGGUCUGGGUAGGGUAAGGGUAGAGUAAAGGUAGGGCCAGGUAAGGCAGUGUAGGGCCAACGUAGGGACGGGUAGAGAAACGGUAGAGUAAAAAUAGGAUACUGUAAACUAGUGUAGGUUAAGUUAAGGUAGGCUUAGGAUGUAAGAAAGGUGUAGGAUAGGGAAUGCUUGUCCAAACUAAGGUGGGGAAGGCUGCAGCAGGCUAUGAUAAGGUAAAGUAGGGCAGUGUACGAUAGGGUAGAGUAGGCUAGGACUAGAGCUCUGGGCUUGGGCUAGGGCUCUGGGCUAGGGCUCUGGGCUAGGGCUCUGAGUUAGGGCUCUGGGCUAGGGCUCUGGGUUAGGGCUCUGGGAUAGGGCUCUGGGCUAAGGCUCUGGGCUAGGGCACUGGGUAAGAGUUCUGGGCUAGGGCUCUGGGCUUAUGGCUUAAAAACUCACCAACUGUCAUUGGCCGUAUGAAUCGCGUUUGAGCCCAUACAGCGCCACAAAUGAUCUAGAAAAUAAAAUUUACGUUCGAAAUUUUAAAAUUUUGCAAUUUGUGAAAAAAUAAAAACAGCAAACAUACUGUAACACACAAAAAUUUUAGCAUUACCAUCACUUAAAAAGCGUUCUUAUAAAUUUUUGAACAGAUUUAUUAUUAAAAAGAAGCAUCCACCCUGUAUAUGUUUUAACGUUUCUCACAUUAUAUGUUUUAUAUGAGUAAAAUAAUGAAUAUAUAUGUAUAACUUAUUCCUCCUCUUUCUUCAAAAACUUUGAAGAAACUAUGGGCAAGUUUGCAAAUAGCCAGGCUAAGCCCAAUUUUUCGGCCCAGCCCACGAGUUGAGCUUAGUAGGCCCAAUUUUAGGUCAAGCUGUAGGUUUCUUCAUAUAACUUAUUAAAUCGUUCAAAUAAUUUUGUGCCUUUUAAUUCUGGUAACUUUUUAUGAGAGUGGCUCAGAAUUAUUUGAACAACCUAAUAGUGUUUUUGCAAAACGUAAAACGGCAAGAGCUUUCUUUACAAAAUGAAGAAUGGCAAAAACUUUCUUUACAACACAAAAACUGGCAAAGACUUUGCUUACAAAACGGAAAAUUGCAAGAACUUUCUAUACAAAACAAAAAAUGACAAGAACUUUAUUUACAAAACGGAAAAUUGCAAGAACUUUCUUUACAAAUCAAAAAUUGGCAAGUACUUUCUUUCCAACAUAAAACUUAAUUUUAACUUCCAUUUUCAGCACAUGAAAUUCGUUCGCAAAUACCUCCGCGCCACUGACCUCGCCACGGACCGCCAGUCGGUCAAGAAGUUUGUGCACAAGUUCCUCGGCCCGGACGGUGUGUUUUGUAUGCGGAUGAUCUCCGCCCACGCCGGCGACAUCAUGGCCACCGAGCUGAUCAUCGAGCUGUGGCACGAGUUCAACGACCGUGUCCGCAAGUCGCCGAUCGAAAUGUUCGAGGGCGGGGUCUCCCAAUCCCCCUCCAAACUGGACGCCAACUUUAAAACCUGGCUUCUGGGCCAGACUAGGUACGCCAACUCCAAUUCCUACUCCCAACCGCACGUUUAAGCUGUGAGAUUUACCCAUCCUUUUUGAGAUGAGAUAAGAUUUAAAGUUUUUGGAAAAUUUAAAAUUUUUUAAAAAAUUUUUUGAAAUAAAAAUUUAAAAUUUAAAAAUUUUUUUGAAAUUUAAAGUUAGCUUUCAUUUUGACACAGUUUACAGUACUUUAUAGAGUAAGACUGUAAAAAAUGUCAGAAAAUCCAAAAUUUAAAAAAAAAUUGAAAUUUUCAAAAUUUUGAAAUUUUAAAGAAUUUAAAUAUAAGGAAGUAAAUUAAGGUAAUCUCGCAAUAGUGGUAACGCUUGCUUUUAGUUUUUUAAAUUUACUUUUGUUAAAACUAAUUUUAAAUGUUAUUUAUGUUAAAUUUUGUAAGGUAUUGUAGUAAAGAAAGUUUUGAACUAAAAAAUAUAAAAUUAAUUUUGUUGGUUAACACUGCUUUUGUAUUGUGCUUGUACAGAUUAUUUUAGAAGAUUUUUUUGGCAAAAAAAAUUUUUUUUAAAAUUAUAUUAGCGAAGCUUAAAAAACUUAAAAAUUUUUCAAAAUUUCAGGCUGUAGGCUUGUUUUUAGGAUGUUAAGACUAACUUACUAUAAGUUUCCACUUUUGUAAUUUAAAAUAUUUAUAAAUUUAAAAAACAUUUUUUUUGAAAAUUUUUAAAAAAUUUAGUAAGCAUUUCAAAAUGUCAUAACAAAAAUUCAUGCGUUUUACUGUAGCAAAAAUAGGAAUAACGCACACUCGAGCCCAUCGCCAGCAACUUUGAUGUUCCGGCACUCGCACGACCCCAACUGGUUGUAA